GUUUUUCACAUAUCAAUUUACCCUCUGACGACGAUGACCACUGCUGCAGCCUCUGCAUACAAGACUGCCUUUCGUCACUACACGCAGUACCUCAAGGCUCCGAUCCCAGGCGUGUCGAUCUCGCAGUUGGAAGCCAACAAGUUCCACGUCAACACCAAGGUAUUACAAGGGCCAUAUGAAGGCAUUGUCGUUCACUGGGAACUCACCAUCCCCGAGAGUUACCCCCACACCCCCCCGUUUGGAAAAAUGGCUGCCGGGUACGCCUUCAACAGUAACCACCACCACCACGUGUUUGACGGCAGUGGAAUUUGCUGCGACGUCUUGGGCAACUUCAACUACAUGCACGAGUCCGCCUCGGGGUUUAGUGGAUGGACACCCGCGGCCAACUUUACAACCCUGAUGAUCUACUUGCAGCCGUUUUUUGCCGACCCCGAUGGCAUGAUCGCCAGUGGCGACACCAUUAAGAGACUGAGGGUGAUGGACGAAGAGUACGUGUGCAAUGAGUGCGGUCACUCCACCAAGUCCCCUUUGCCCCCCUUGGAUCAACAAUGCGACGACCCAACCACGCCAGAACACGAGAGGGAUAGUUCCAAACUUACCCCCGAACAAGCACGAGCGCACCGAGAAAUCGCUUGUCCAGUGAUGGGGCUCAGCAUCAUUGACGACCCCACCAUGUGCAUUGGGUACCCCCUGCGUCUUCACCAAGCACGAACCCUGGAGGUUGAACUUUUUCCAGAAUUCUUAUCGUAUACGGCGUUUGAACAAGCCAAGAACGCCCGGGGGUGCGCGAUGCGAACGUCCACCGGACACGACUAUACCCACUGGCUGCCUAUUUUCCUCUCCCCUGCACACUUUUCAACACAUCAAACCCUACAUAAGCUCAGCUUCGCCAUCGACCGCAACCAUUCCAUCAGUCUCGUGGAUCUGCUGGUGAAAACCAUGAACAAGCAAGUGCUGGCCGUGAUGAACGGUUCGUCGCACGAGUCGGAAUCGGCCAUCGUUGCCUACGCCAACCUCCUUCGCCUGCUGCGCCAUGUCUUGAGUAUGCACCCGAACCUGCAAACGGAACUCGACAGCUCGGUUCGGCGGUUCAUCACCAGCCCAAACCGGCGCACCAAGACGCAUGUGCCAGACCUGGGGGAGUUCUACGUCAAGCUGUGCGUGUCGACAGUGGCGUCGCUGGACGACUUGACCGUGCGGGAAACGGUGGUGCGGGAGACGUUUGCUCGGCAAAUCCGUUGGAUCCGCCAGGCCGACCCAGCGUGUGUCGAUGUCGUGGGCAUGCCCAUGCUUCAGCGGCUGCAGCGGCUCUUCGACGGCAGCGUCGUGUCCAAUCGCAUCACGACGUUCGUUAUGGAAAUGGCCAAAGUAUUUGGCACGCCCGCGUUCUGCAGCAACAUGGAUCGCCAUUUCGGCCUUCCCCCAUCAAGCGUCAUUGUGGGCUUCCAAGAGCGCGUGAAAACCAUCAAGGCCAAACUCGUGAAUUACGACGUGCUGGUGCGGGGGUGGGGACUGCAGACAGUGAUUGCAUCCCCCGAGGCGAUGCUGGAAAUAUUGAUGAACGCCAAGGCCCAGUCCGCCAGAGCUGGCUACGACGUCAAACCUCGUCGGCAGCAUUAGGUGUAUUGAUUCAUGACGAAGCAGUAAAAUGUUGCAUACACAUGCCUACAUUAUUGGUGGUAGGAUACUACGAAGGGGCAAACGAGUACAGUAGUUAUAUCAGCACUUUUCCGGCCACCAAUUUCUCCAUGAGGCACAAAUCACGGUCAUGGAUUUAUUAUCUGUAGACAUUCGAUUCUGCUGAGGGCUCAAUAUGAACAGAAUUUAUUACGUUAUUGAUUGAUUUUUCGG